AUGAUGUUUUUCACGUGGUAUGGCCUCGUGUUCAUCACCGUCCUCUUCAUCCUCCUCUCCCCGGGGAUGCUCCUUCAGAUCCCAGGGGACAACCAGCCAGUGGAGUUUCAGAACUGGCGAACCUCUCUGCCCUCAGUGGUAGUGCACGCUGUGGUCUUCCUCGCCCUCCUUUUGCUCUCCAACUGGCUCUUCCCUGCGUUUCUACACGGUCGUCGCAUAUUGAUCAAGAAGCAUUCCAGUGCAGGGGUCGUGGAGAACAGCGUGAGGGGCGUGAAACACAGCGUGGGAGUUGUGGAGAGUAGUGGGGGGGUUGUGAAGGGCUGUGGUAUCGUGGAGGAUGGUGUAGGGAUCGUGAAGCAGACUCAUGCUCCACAGCACCUCCUCUGUCAUCCACCCCCGCCCCUUGUGUGGCAGUAUCUUGGAGGAUGGGGAGACGAACCCCGCUACGGGACGAGGCGUGCCGCCCAUGACAGCCUUUUCGAAGUACUCAAAAUCAGAGUCGUAGUGCGGAUUUUGGCGCAGCGUGGUGGUGGUGGUGGUGCUGCUGCUGCUGCUGCUGCUGCUGCCGCUGAUGCUGCUGCUUAA